AUGGACCGACCCUUUGAUAUACCAGACUCCACGGACUGGCUAAACUCCUCCCUCCCCGUCGUUGCGCCACUCGAAUCCGCACUGCGAUGUCAAAUCUGCAAAGACUUCUUCAACAACCCCGUUAUCACGUCGUGCUCGCAUACGUUCUGCUCUAUUUGCAUUCGAAGAUGUCUUAGUAGCGAAGGGAAAUGUCCGGCCUGCAGGAGUUCCGACCAGCUGCUGAAAUUGAGGCGCAACUGGGCCGUUCAAGAAAUUCUGGAAAGCUUCCAAAAUGCUCGAUCGAAUAUUCUUGCUCUCGCACGACAGCCUCAGACAUCAAACUCAACGGAAGAAAACCAAGAGGAAAAUGGUGAACUGUCACAUCCGGUGACUAAGAAACGGCGACUGAACCAAUCCGACGAUACUGCUACCGUUUCUGCGCAGCCUGAGAUGAGAAGGACAAGAUCGCAUGGAAGACAGAUUGAGCGACAAGUUUCGCCGAUGGAGCCUGAGGUUAUCGAAGAUAGCAAGGAUGAGGACUUUGUCCCAGAUGAUGGCUUGGUACCUUGCCCAAUGUGCAAUCGUCGGAUGAAAGAAGCAUCCGUCUUCAACCAUUUAGAUAACUGUAAAGGGCCUGUAAAAGGAAGCGCCGCAGGCUCUCAAAAUCCUUAUUCCCGAACGCCGCAACACCCAUUCCGAACCCUACAAAACAAAAGUCCCGCCAAACCAUUAGAGCGUCUUCCAACACUGAACUAUUCUCUUCUAAAAGACAAUAUGCUACGCAAAAAACUCAAAGACUUAGGCAUCCCGGACUGGGGCACGCGGCCUCUGUUACAAAGACGUCACACUGAAUGGAUGAAUUUAUGGAAUGCCAAUUGUGACGCCAAGAAUCCAAAGACGAAGGACGAACUCCGUCGAGAUUUAGAUAUCUGGGAGAGGACACAGGGAGGUGCUGCGCCGCAGUCUGGAGUACCAUCGGGACCAAAUGCGGUGAUGGCGAAGACUUUUGAUGCGGCUGCUUGGUCUGCGAAUCACGACGACGACUUUAGGCGAUUAAUUGAGAACGCGAGGAAAAAGAAGGAUAUGGCCAAGCAACAGUCGCAAGACCAGGAAAAUGCCAAGGACAGUCUGUCGUCAAGUCAACAAGAUAAAAAUGUGCCGGCGAGUACAGUCAAUGAACCAAAUAACGAGCCAUCUGCUAGUCCGGAGAAACCUGAGCUGGCAGGAAAUCCGCGGCGAACAUCUCAGUUAUAUGCACUUCUUAACGAAACACCAGUUGGCCAUACUCCAGGCGGAAGCAACGACUAUCUCCCCAGAUGA